AUGGCCGUGCUGGCUCUCGCCGCCGCUGCGGCGACCGCCCUGCUCGCGCCGCUGCGGCCGCUGCCCUCCCGGGGCCGGACGGUGCUGCGACCACCGCCCAGCAUGGGGCUUGACGAGGCGGAGAUAGGCGACACAUGGUUUACGUCGUUCGACUCCAAGGGCGAGGACGGCCUCGCCCCGGACGGCACGUUCCCGCCGGGCGAGGACCUCGUGGAGCGCGAGAUGCGGCGGCUGUUCAACGUCGACGGCGACGACGAGGAGUUUGCGGCGGAUGAGAUCGACGAGCUCAAAGUGCGCGGGCACGACGUCUGGGGCGACCGACGAGUCUGACGCCUGUCCGCGGGCGCUUGGGCAGCGGUGCGGCUCUGGCGCUGCGAGCAGCUGCAGUGGCAUGACCUUGUGGAGGCGGUGUUUCGGGCUUUUGUUUCGGGCUGUUGUGGACCAUGUGGCGAGGAGGGGCCGGAGGAGAGGCGGCGGUGGGGGAGGGGACCACCGGCGCUGUACGGUGAGCGGCGGACGAGGUGGGCGAGGGCCGUGCGGAGCGGCGGAGCGAGGGCGGCAUGUUGUGGCUGGGUUCUUGGCGGUGGGGAGCUCUGCUCGGCUCUCGCGUUUGGAUCGCGCGCGGCGCCGCGCGCGGUGGUGCCCGGGGCAUGCCUUUUCGCGUUUGCACGACCUUGUACGUUACAACACACACA